CUCACUUCUUCAUCAAUCACUGCUAACAUAUCUCAUCUGCUAGCUUGGCAGUCAUAAAAUGGCUUCCAAAUCAGAGUUCUCUCUUCUCGCUCUCAUUGCCCUGCUUGCAAUAUCCGGGCAAGUACUCGCUGGGCGUCAGAUUCCGAAUAAUGUGGAUGUGAAACAGCCUGAUUUCCUGAUAUCUGACAACAGUUUUCUCAUUCCAGGCAUUGGACGUGUACUGGUUCCACCAACUCCCAGCCUUCCUUCUUAUGAUCCACAUAUGGGCAUUGGUAACUAUAGUCCAGGUGGAGACGAUGCAUUCCCUCCAAUUCCUAAUGGUGGUGUUUCAACAGUAAACCACCCAUGAGAGCAGUAUGUGGACUGCUGCUUUUAAUAAAAAACUAUGCUAGUUGCAUUUGUUUUAUCUUUUAAUCAAGUAUCCUAGAUGCAUGAAUUUAUGUAAUGUUGUUGCAAGGAAGUUGGGUUUGUUAAGCUUCCUUGAAUGGAAAUUAAGUGUGCUGCAUGUACCAGUCCAAGUUUGUCCCUAGAAUGUAAUGAUCACUUUAUUCUGUCUUCUUUAUUGUUUACUUUCAAUAUGGUUGUAAUUGUAUGGUUCUUAUGAAGACUGAAAUUCUUAGCUAUUAAA